AUGAUGCUACAGUUUGAUAGUCACUUUGAUUUGUUGCCCUCAUUGGACAUGAGAGCAUUUCCACAAAAGAAGUCUUUCUUUGGGUUUUUCCUUUAUAAUCCGAAUAUGAUUGGCCUUGAGUCCUUGGCAGACCCUUCGGAUACAUGGGACAUAAUUGACACCAUUGGCAAAGGUACAUAUGGCAAAGUUUACAAAGUCAGCAACAAGAAAGAUGGCAGCCUGGCAGCAGUGAAGAUCUUGGAUCCAGUCAGUGAUUUGGAUGAAGAAAUUGAGGCAGAAUACAACAUACUGCGGUCACUUCCAAACCAUCCGAAUGUUGUCAUGUUUUAUGGAAUGUUUUACAAAGCUGAUCAAUAUGUUGGAGGGCAGCUAUGGCUGGUUCUUGAGCUGUGCAAUGGUGGAUCUGUUACAGACCUGGUAAAAAGCAUCUUGAAGUGUGGCCAGCGCUUGGAUGAAAUGAUAAUCUCCUACAUUCUGUACGGAGCUCUCUUGGGCCUUCAGCAUUUGCACAACAAUAGAAUCAUUCAUCGUGACGUCAAAGGGAACAAUAUUCUCCUCACGACAGAAGGAGGAGUCAAGCUGGUUGACUUUGGUGUUUCAGCACAACUGACCAGUGCCCGCUUACGGAGAAACACAUCUGUGGGGACUCCAUUUUGGAUGGCCCCAGAAGUCAUUGCUUGCGAGCAGCAGUAUGAUUACUCCUAUGAUGUGCGUUGUGACGUAUGGUCCCUUGGGAUCACAGCAAUUGAACUAGCUGAUGGGGACCCGCCUUUGUCUGACAUGCAUCCCGUCAAAGCUCUUUUCAAGAUCCCCAGAAACCCACCACCUACGUUGCUUCAUCCAGGAAAAUGGUGUCGAGGUUUUAGCCACUUCAUUUCACAGUGUCUUAUUAAAGAUUUUGAAAAGAGGCCAUCAGUCAUUCAUCUUCUAGAGCAUCCAUUCAUCAAACAAGCGCAAGGCAAAGAUAUGGCAUUACAAAGACAGCUGGCCAAACUCAUCCAGGUACAACAGCAAUCGGGAUCUAUAGCAAAAACAAGGUAUGAACGCAUGCACACCAAAAGGCCUUAUGUUCUUCAGACUAAAGAAAACUCGUGCCUAGACGAUGACCUGGUUAACCUUGAAGUUCUGGAUGAGGACAGUAUAAUACAUCAGUUGCAGACCCGAUAUGCUGACUUACAGAUUUACACCUAUGUGGGGGAUAUAUUAAUAGCUUUAAACCCAUUCCAGAAUCUCAGCAUUUACUCUCCACAGUUUUCCAAGCUUUAUCAUGGAGUCAAGCGUGCCUCAAACCCUCCCCAUAUAUUUGCCUCUGCAGAUGCUGCAUACCAGGGAAUGGUUACCUUCUGCAAAGAUCAGUGCAUUAUCAUCAGUGGAGAGAGUGGUGCAGGGAAGACAGAAAGUGCCCAUCUCAUUGUUCAACAUUUGACCUUCCUCGGAAAGGCAAAUAACAGAGCACUGAGGGAAAAGAUUUUACAAGUGAACCCGCUGGUUGAAGCCUUUGGCAAUGCAUGUACAGUUAUCAAUGACAACUCCAGCCGCUUUGGGAAAUACCUGGAAAUGAUGUUUACCCCUACUGGAGCAGUGAUGGGUGCUAAGAUUUCAGAAUAUCUCUUGGAGAAAUCAAGGGUCAUAAAGCAAGCUGUAGGGGAGAAAAAUUUCCAUAUAUUUUAUUAUAUUUAUGCUGGACUGCACCAUCACAAAAAGCUGUCAGAAUACAGACUGCCGGAAAAAAAGCCUCCUCGCUACAUUGACAAUGAAACUGGUGCAGUAAUGCAGGAUAUAGUCAACAAUGAAUCGUAUAGAAGGCAGUUUGCAGCAAUUCAGCAUUGCUUUAGAAUCAUAGGAUUCAGUAAUGAGGAAGUCCACUCGGUGUACAGAAUUUUGGCUGGAAUAUUAAAUACGGGAAAUAUUGAAUUUACAGCUAUUUCUUCCAAACACCAAACUGAUAAAAGUGAGGUCCCAAAUGGAGAAGCCUUAGAAAAUGCUGCUGCCCUUCUCAGCAUUGGUUCAGAAGAGCUCCAGGAAGCUCUCACAUCCCAUUGUGUUGUAACUAGAGGCGAAACCAUCAUACGGACAAAUACAGUUGACAAAGCAGCUGAUGUCCGGGAUGCUAUGUCCAAAGCUCUAUAUGGCAGACUUUUUAGCUGGAUAGUUAAUAGGAUCAAUACACUUCUGCAACCAGACAAAAAUAUAUGUAAUGCAGAAAGUGGAAUGAAUGUUGGAAUUCUAGAUAUUUUUGGAUUUGAAAACUUCAAAAGGAACUCCUUCGAGCAGCUUUGCAUUAACAUUGCCAACGAACAGAUCCAGUUUUAUUUUAAUCAGCAUAUAUUUGCAUUGGAACAGAUGGAAUACCAGAGUGAAGGAAUAGAUGCCGCAUUGGUGAAGUACGAGGACAACCGGCCACUCUUAGAUACUUUUCUACAAAAGCCAAUGGGUCUUCUGUCCCUACUUGAUGAAGAGAGCAGAUUUCCACAAGCAACUGACCAAACUUUAGUGGACAAAUUUGAAGAUAACCUGAGAUGCAAAUACUUUUGGAGGCCAAAAGGUGUCGAGCUUUGUUUUGGGAUUCAGCACUAUGCUGGAAAGGUUCUGUACAACGUUUGUGGGUUUCUGGGGAAGAAUAGAGACACGCUCCCAGCUGACAUCGUAGUUGUGCUGAGAACAUCAGAAAACAAACUCCUCCAGCAGCUGUUCUCGAGCCCAUUGACCAAAACAGGUAAUCUGGCACAGUCACGGGCACGGGUAACUGCAGCUUCCAGGUCUUUGCCUCCUCAGAUGAGUGCUGGACGUAUUAAGGUAGACACCAUGGAAAUGAUGAGACAUCCAGAGGAGACAACAAAUAUGAAAAGACAAACAGUGGCUUCUUAUUUCAGGUAUUCCCUAAUGGAUCUUUUAUCAAAAAUGGUAGUUGGGCAACCUCACUUUGUCCGUUGUAUCAAGCCCAAUGAUGAUCGGGAGGCAAUGAAAUUUUGUCGGGAAAGGGUUCUCAUGCAGCUUCGUUACACUGGGAUUCUGGAGACAGUAAAUAUACGAAGACAGGGAUAUUCUCAUCGGAUUCUGUUUGAAGAUUUUUUAAAAAGGUAUUAUUAUCUUGCCUUCAAAGCACAUGAAAACCCACCUGCCACGAGAGAAACCUGCACUGCAAUUCUAGAGAAAGCUAAACUGGAAAAAUGGGUUCUAGGGAGAACAAAGGUGUUCCUGAAAUAUUACCAUGUGGAGCAGCUGAACCUUUUACUGCGAGAGGUGAUCGGAAGAGUGGUGGUAAUGCAAGCCUAUACCAAGGGAUGGCUUGGUGCAAGGAGGUAUAAAAAAGUGAAAGAGAAACGUGAGAAGAGCGCCACCUCUAUUCAGUCAGCAUGGAGAGGCUAUGAUGCACGAAGAAAAUAUCACCAACUAAGGGCAAGAAGAGAUGAAGCAGCAGUUUGUAUUCAGUCAGCUUAUAAAGGAUAUGUUACCAGAAAAAAUUAUGUUGUGCUGAAGAAUAAUAAGCAGUAUGAGUUCAAUGAGAGACAGCAGCUGGGGAACAGCAACAAAGCCUAUUUGACAGAAUCGAGCAUCAGGGCCCAUCAGGCAGAAAAGGAUUUAGAUUAUCACAGACCCCUUUUUUAUACAACUGAAAUGAACAACGUGAUGGAUAUUGAUGAACAUGAAUUUGCAGCAAACCGUCGCCUUUCAGAUUUCUAUGGAUCCCAGAAAAGCACAGGGUCAGAGGGAUGCCUUGAGAAGAAGCUGAGGACAGCACGAAGACGGUGUCAACAACCCAAAACCCUGAAUUCCCCUGAGGAUAGUAUGUACUAUAGCCAGGUUAAUGGAUCUCUAGAAUAUCAAGGGAGCAAGAGGAAGCCAAGAAAACUUGGACAAGUGAAACUAUUGGACGGAGAAGAUGAAUAUUACAAACUGUUGUCAGCAGCUGAUUCGAUUCCUGAGGAGGAUUUCUCCCCCGAUAGCACUUUGGCCCAACAACAAAUGUUUUUCUCACAAAGCUAAAAUUUUCGAUUUUCUUUCUGACUGUCCAGAAAUGAGAAUGUUUGCGGGCCAUUUAACCUGGAGCUCAUCACAGUCAUUUUGGGUUUUUCCAAGCUUUUUAUCAUUUUUAUUUUAUGUUUUUAUUUAAUGAUUUUGUCAUAAUAACACAAAUAAAGAAAAAAUCAAUUUUCAGUAAAAAUCUGUAAAAUGAUUACUGUUUGCUGACAAGAUAGCAUUGAGCAAUAGUGCUUAGAGAAGCUGUACAUUACCCCGAACAGACAUUAUUCACAUACCAGGUCUUCUGAUAGAGAUAUGCCUUUAAGGGCCACCUGCCAUAGACAAAUAGACUAAAUACCUACUGAUUUGAAUAUUCUGUUGUGUUAGGAGCACAGUGGCACACUGAUUUGGGUUCCCAUAUGUCCCCAGUAUAAUCAGAUUGUUGAUCCUUGGUCCUGGACCAGCCCCAUUUGGUCCUGCACAUGACUGGGACAAAUGAGGCAAAGAUCCACUUUUUUGGUGACCUGGCCAAGUGAGCAGAUCUAUAAAAAUAUGGCCAACUACAUACUGUGAAUGAUUUCUGUAUUAAACGAAAACUGCAUGUAGCUUCAUCAUAGAGCCAUGACAAAUAUUGAUCCUGAUAUUCAUGCACCAGUUGACUGGCAUGACCAAACUUUGCGGCAGGAUCCAGAUAGAUGACUUUGGCAGGGCCCCCUCUGUCAGUAGCCAGACAUUGCAG